UACCAAACUGCACAAACAGUUCCAGCAGGAGGUGGAGAAAGGCUCGGUAGCCAUCGUCAAGUGGGUACUGCCGGCUGUGGGUAGCGGCAAAAGUGACCCGAUCGGUAAGCAAAACCGCCACUCCAGUAUAUAUCAUGCAUCAUUUCAUCAAUCGUGCCGGCACCACCCUCUUAUCCUCUCCUCCCACUCGCCUCGCUUGCCCCCCCAAAUUCUCUGCCUCCUCCUCGGCGCGGUGCUCCCUCUCCGGCGUUGCCCUAGCUAGCUCGCCCUCGCUCGCUCGCCGUCGCUUCCGGCGCGCGCUAUGCCAUGAGCAGGGACCUCGAGGACGGGCAGGGCGCCAUCGACAGCGCUAUUGUGGCAGCAGCUGGAGGAGGGGAGGGGAGUAUCGAGGCGGCGGCGGCGGGCGGUGGCGGCGAGGCCGCCGGGGACACGCACGACAACGACGUCGUGAUGCCGGGGUUCCGGUUCCACCCCACGGAGGAGGAGCUGAUCGAGUUCUACCUCCGGCGCAAGGUCGAGGGCAAGCGAUUCAACGUCGAGCUCAUCGCCUUCCUCGACCUGUACCGCUUCGACCCAUGGGAGCUCCCCGCAAUGGCGGUGAUGGGCGGGAAGGAGUGGUUCUUCUACGUGCCGAGGGACCGCAAGUACCGGAACGGCGACCGGCCGAACCGGGUGACGGCGUCGGGGUACUGGAAGGCGACGGGCGCCGACCGGAUGAUCCGCGGUGAGAACAACCGCCCCAUCGGGCUCAAGAAGACGCUCGUCUUCUACUCCGGCAAGGCCCCCAAGGGCGUCCGCAGCAGCUGGAUCAUGAACGAGUACCGCCUCCCGCCGCCGGCAGCCGACGCUGACCCCUUGAUUCCCAAGUCGGAGAUCUCGCUCUGCCGUGUCUACAAGCGCUCCGGCAUCGACGACGGCCACGGGCAGUCAUCCUCCAGUACCCAAGCUUCCUCAGGGCGGCGGAUAUCCUCCCGCACCGGCGUGCCGACCGGUCGGCACGGAUCGUCGCCGUCUUCCACGCCACUGUCACCGACGCAGCAGCUCAGCAGCUUCCAUCUACUCCAAGGGGAGUGCUCAUCUGCCUCACCGCCGGCGCCCAUCAUGGACCAAGUGGUCACCGUGCACAGUGCGCCGCCGCAGCUUCUGCCUCCCCCAAGGCCGUGCACUUACGCGCCGGCGGCGACGAUAAGAUCAGCAGCGGCGGUUGCGCCGCAACGGGCACAGGGCGCGGCGGCCCUCGCCUCCACGUACUCAUCACUGUUCAACAUGGCCGCCGCCGCGACUAUGGCCGGAGUCUCAAGGCCGCCCAUCGAUGAGCUGAGCACGCUGGUUGGCCCCGGCCAGGCCGGCUACGCAACCCUCUCGGCCGCGACGGGCAGCCACUUCCUCCCCUUGAUGCCGGCGCCACCACCAAUACCACAAAUGACGCCGCUCGGUGCGCUGCCGAUGGUGCAGCCACCGCCUUCGGUCACUGACAAGCUCAGCUGGGACUGGAACCCGGUCCCUGACACGGCGGCCCGGGAUUACGAUGCUUCUGGUUUUAAGUGAGCCCAAACUCACUGUUAAAUUCUGAAAACCUGCCAUCAGUGUAGGCUAACAUAUAUACUCUUCAAUCAGUCCACAAGGACUACAAUGCACGUCAGUUAGUAUAUAUCAAGGAUACUAAAUGGGUUCAGGAACUGAAGGUAGCUAGUGGUUUGUAAGCAUAAUGAGAUCAUUUUUAAAUAUAAGCAUCAGCAUGCAAGUUUAAUUCACUCC